AUGCGUGAUGUACGCCGACGUGAGAGACUCGCUGGGUUGAAACGAACAUCCAGACAGAAUCGUCAAUCUGGUGCCCCCAAGGCUACUAUUGAUGAUCCGGAUGAACAAAGACUGGCGUUGAGGGCUUCAUCUCAGUCAUCUGCUUCGUCCAUACUGGAUGCGGACUCUGGAGACGGGUUUACCUCGAUCUAUCGAGGACGUCCUGUCAGGUGGUGUGCUGGCUAUCCUGUGCCUCUCCAUUCAGAUCCUAAUCCACCUACAUCAUGGUUUCUUGAUCCUUUUUUUACCUUGCCCGGUACCAGUGAGCUUCCUUCAAUGGUCGCACACUUGGUGUACUACUAUUCAAAUCAAGAAAUGGAACUAAUGGUUCGGUCCUCAUUCUCCGAUCCGGGGAGUUUCUUUGGGCUGAUGAGCAUGUGCGCUGCACAUCGAGCCGUCCUCGCAAGCCAGCGAUCGGGUAAUUGGGACUCGGUGCUUACUGACGAUCCUGACUACUGCAUGAUGAGAGCAAAGUCCAUUCAAGAGAUGAGUGCAAAAGUAAGGGAUCCGAGUCGCAGACUCAGCAAUGAGGCCUUUGAUACCAUAAUCAACCUCCUCACUGGUUCGCUGAUAAUCGGAGAGUUCAGUGAGGUCCAUACUCACCUAACAGGACUCAAAAGUAUGGUUGAUCUGCGGGGUGGAAUAACAGACGAAAGUAUUCGUUCUUCCUCUAUGUUGUCUGCCAUCAUCACAACUGACAUCAAAGCCGCCUCGGGUCUAAUGACCAAACCCGUGUUUCCAUUGACUUGGGAUGCACAGCCAAUCCCUUCGGAGAUUCAACAGCGAAUCAGACCACUGGCUUCGUCUCCUCUCAACAGACUAGGCACGGGUUUUUAUGCCAAUACAUUCCUUAGCUCACCAUUAUUAAGGAUCAUAAGUGUGCUUCGGGACAUGGUAUUUUUUAGCAUUACUUAUCAGACAAAUCCUACGGUUAUUAAACCAGGUGACCAAGACUUCUUCCGCAUCCUCAAUUGCGAAGCAGAGCAUCAGCUUCUCAGCUAUAUCUACGCAGGAGGCUCCUCCAACCCAGAGCCCAAUCUUCAUCCCAUUGAGGCAGUGACUCGAGUUGCUUCUAUCUGCUAUCUCAAUCAUUUCCUGAUUGUCUCGCCUUCAUCAUCUGGAUUGGGUCGAGCCCUUACGAAACACCUCAAGACAGCCUUGGAUGGAUGCAAGUUGGCUCUCUUUGUGGGUUUACCAACUCAAACUUUUGGACUUUAUGUUUGGGCACUAUUCGUCGGAGCCCAAGGUGCCUUUGGUCAGCCUGAGCGGCAGUGGUUUGUGGAGCGGCUGGCCCGUGUUGCAAUGAUAUGUGGGUGGCAGUCGUGGGAGCAAAUUUCGAAACUGAUGACUGAAUUCUUCUUUGUUGCGGCUUUGGACAGCUUGAAUUGGCGUUCUGUCUGGGACGAAGCGAUGACUGGGUUUGUGAUGUCCGAGUCGGAGGAACUGGAAUUGUCUUCUCUUUUUGGAACGGGCACACUCUCCCUUACGUAG